CACUUCACUGGGGAGCCAAGCACGGUAAUCAAGAUGUCAUUAAACUGGUUGCAGGCAAACAUGGAGCUGACGUCAAUCAAAGAACGAAUGGGGGGUUCACCGCUCUUCACAUAGCUAUGCAGUACGGCCACGACGACGUCUACAAUCUCCUCGUGGAAGUAUACGGAGCUGACCCUCACCUGAGAGAUUGGAGCGGAAAGAAAGCAAGACAAUAUCAGACAAACAAGGGCAUGUCGGUAUCAGCAGACACUUUCAGAAAAAUAAAAGCGAGGAAAAAACAAGCAGAGAAAGAUCUUGGAUUUUUGAGAAUUGGCUCGCUGAACGUCAGAGUCAAACGGACAACUGAAGCGUUCAGCAAUUUUCUAGGCGUCGGCAACACAGAUAAGCUUCACAAGAAUUGGGGUUCUGCUGACAAUCUCCACCAGGCUGAACAAAAGAAAAUGCCACCGCCUAAAUUUGGCCCGAUCAAAAAGCGCAAAUCGAAGAGGGCGCAGGACUUCAGCUCCAAGACGCAUCUUGCUGAUAGGACACACGAACGAGGCGCCUCUGCACAGGACUCAGACUCGGAUACAGCUGCUGGUUUUGGCUCUGCGUGGCAGUCGACAGUCUAAUGUUUUGUUCAUUUAUUCCGCACUCAUUUCAAAUAUGGGAAAGGGUUUGGGAAUAGGAAUAGUCUUGUUUCUAUUGAAACGUUUAUUUUUGUAUCAGAUCUGAGGUAUUUAUGCUUAUAAAAUUUUAUUAUUUUACAGAAUCCAUCACACUUAUGAGUCUCAAACAUCAGUAUUUUAAUUUGUAGUCAUCAUAUUAAAAAAUAUAUGUUUAUUUAUGCCAAUGCAUUAUUUUUUAAGCAGAUAACAUUACUUAAAAUAGCACAUCACUCUGUAUGUAAUAUAUAGUUUUAUUUUUUGGAAUAUUAUUCAAUAAAGGCCAGUAAAAUUGUUUUUAAAUUAUUAUUGA